GGAACUUGCAGCAUUUUGUUUGGUUUCUAUUGCGUGAACUUUGAAGUUGAUUAAAUGAAACCAACUAAAAUCACGCCAAUGUUUAUAUGCAAGAAUUAGAUAGUAACUGAUAAUUCUGUAGCAAACUGGCAAUUUGUUUUGUAGGAUCGAGCUCCGUUUUAGGCAAAAGUGCACGCGGGCUGUUUGCAGCAGCACCACUGUGGAAUUGACAGUCAGCGACGAGUAUUUUCCUGCAUCAACAUAUCCAUUGCUCAGCUAGCUAGCUUCAGACAGGUGAAAAAGAUGGAGUUGCAGGCGGUCUUGAUGGCAGCCGGAGGAGGGUCUCGCAUGAUGGACUUGACUUAUAGCACCCCUAAGCCACUACUUCCGGUCGGGAACAAGCCCCUGAUCUGGUACCCUCUCAACAUGCUGGAGAGAGUGGGCUUUGAAGAGGUCAUAGUCGUCACCACCAAGGAGGUCCAGAAGCUGCUGAGCACGGACACCAAGAUGAAGCUGGACGUGGUGUGCAUCCAGGAGGACGCCGACAUGGGCACGGCCGACGCCCUGCGGCACAUCCAGCAGAAGAUCAAGACGGAUGUCCUGGUGGUGAGCUGCGACCUGAUCACGGACGCCGCCCUGCAUGAGGUGGUGGACCUGUUCCGGGCGCACGACGCCACCCUGUCCAUGCUGAUGAGCAAGGCCCACGAGUUCACAGAGACGGUGCCCGGCCAGAAGGGGAAGAAGAAAGCAGGGGAGCAAAGGGACUUUGUGGGGGUGGAUGCCUCGGGAAAGAGGCUUCUCUUUAUGGCCAACGAAGCAGAUCUGGAUGAAGACCUUGUCAUCAGGAAAUCCAUCAUGCGCAAACAUCCAAGGAUGCGCAUCAGAACGGGCCUUCUCGACGCCCACCUGUACUGCCUGAAGAAAUGUGUGGUCGACUUCUUAGCAGACAACAAGUCCAUCUCUUCUAUUCGUGGUGAAUUGGUUCCGUAUUUGGUCCGCAAACAGUUUUCCAAAUCUGUCAACUCACAGAAGAAGAAGGAGGAUUUGGAUCAAACCCUGAAGAAAAAGGACACUAAUAUGAACGCCGAGAUCCGCAUCUCCUCCAAAGACGAGGACCAGCUGCAGCUGGCCCGGGAGAGGUCCUGCUGGAACGACCACCGCGGCGACAUGGCCGACGCCUACCACGGCGGGAAGCUGCGCUGCUACGUCCACAUCAUGGAGGACGGCAUGUGUUACCGCGUCAACACGCUGGCGGCGUACAUCGAGGCCAACCGCCUGGCCCCGAAGCUGUCCGAGGAACCCCCAGUGCACCCAUCGGCCGUGAUCUCUGAGCGCAGUCUGGUUGGUGCUGACAGCAUAAUUGGAGCCUCGUGUCAGAUAUCGGACAAGACAUCAAUCAAGCGCUCAACGAUUGGCGCGUCCACAGUCAUCAAGGAGAAGGUUAAAAUCACCAACUCCAUUAUAAUGAACGGAGUCACCAUCGAAGAGGGGUGCAACAUCCAGGGCAGCGUGAUCUGCAGUUCCGCGGUGAUCGGCCGGGGCGCAGACAUCAAGUACUGCUUAGUCGGGAACUCUCAGCGCAUCGAAGCAGAGGCUGAAAGGACCAAUGAGGUUAUUGUCGGAAGUGACCAGCUCAUGGAGAUCUAGACACAGAGGGAAGACAUCUGAUCGAUCCGGAAGUGACCACCAUCAAGGCCGGCCCGACCGGCC